UGGAAGCGCUUCCGGGGCGCUGCGGCACCGGCGGCGGAGCACGCACCGGCUGCAGGGACCGGCCGGGCCGCGGCCGGAACGGCGCCAUGGCUGGGGACUCGGAGGUGCUGCACUUCCAGUUCGAGCAGCAGGGGGAUGCCGUGCUGCAGAAGAUGAACCUCCUGCGGCAGCAGAACCUCUUCUGCGACGUCUCCAUUUACAUCAACGACACGGAGUUCCAGGGGCACAAGGUGAUCUUCGCCGCCUGCUCCACCUUCAUGAGGGAUCAGUUUCUGCUCAAUCAGUCGAAGCAGGUGCGGAUCACCAUCCUGCAGAGCGCCGAGGUGGGCAGAAAGCUGCUGCUGUCUUGUUACACCGGCGCUCUGGAAGUCAAAAAGAAGGAGCUGCUGAAAUACCUCACUGCUGCGAGUUAUCUCCAGAUGGUUCACAUUGUGGAGAAGUGUACCGAAGCUCUGUCGAAGUACUUGGAAAUCGACGCUUCCAUGGAGAACGGUAAUCAGGCCGCAGAGAGGUGUCACUCCUCCGACGCUGAGCUGAGAAACGGGGAUGAGGUUUUAGAGAAAGACUGUGAAAUAAUCGAGAUCUCCGAAGACAGCCCGGUGAACGUAGAAUACCCUGUGAAACAGGAGAAGGGGGAGAUCUCGCGGCCUGCAGUGCAGAGCUUGAUCUCGGAAAGGAAGGAGGCAAAAACCCCAGAAAUAUCAACAGUUGAAAUCGGAUACAAGGACGAUGAAAUCUGUAUCUUCAGAAUGGAUUCUAUGAGCGUAGCGAAUGUAGAAAAUGAUCAUUUUCCUCAGCCUUGCACGUCCUCCAAAACAAAUCUAUAUUUUCCAGAAACCCAGCACUCCUUGAUAAAUUCUACAGUUGAAAGCAGAAAUACAGAAAUGUCAGGAAAUCACUUUCAGGCUUUUGUCAGUGACAAUCCAGAAGGAACUUCUAGUCUGAUGAAUGGGUUCCAGAGCCUGGAUGAUUCUGGCAGUUCGUGGCGGCACCAGUGUCCGAAGUGUCCCAGGGGAUUUCUGCAUCUUGAGAACUAUCUUAGACAUCUGAAAAUGCACAAACUCUUCCUGUGUUUGCAGUGUGGCAAAACAUUUACCCAGAAAAAGAAUCUCAACAGACACAUCCGGGGGCAUAUGGGCAUCCGCCCCUUCCAGUGCAUGGUGUGCUUGAAGACCUUCACUGCCAAAAGUACGCUUCAGGAUCACCUGAAUAUACACAGCGGUGACAGGCCCUACAAGUGUCAUUGUUGCGACAUGGACUUUAAACACAAGUCUGCUCUUAAAAAGCACUUGACUUCUGUUCAUGGAAGGAGCAGCAGUGAAAAACCAAACCUGAACGCUAUUACGAAAGUUAAAAUAGACUAUGAUUAAUGGAUGGGUGGUUGUGGGGCCAGGCUCUGCAAAAAGCUCCUGCCGAGUGAAAUUCUAGAUGAAAUUCUAGAUAGAGAUCCCCAUGCGACGGAGAGAAGCACAAAUACAUGACUGGUGAUCAAAGACAGGCCUUGCGAGCAGCAAACUUGCCUGCUGCGUUAAGGUUGCUAUUGCUGUAAGUGUGAGAACGGUGUUUACUAGUUGAAAGUAAACUGCAAAAUAUGUGAAAUUAUUUCAUGCUUCUCUUCUGUUAUUCUGGAUGCAUUCUGAUUUUGCCCCCCCCAAUUAUGUUUCACACUCCCCUGUUUGAAGGGCAGGCACUGCCGCUUUUCAAACUAUUACUGAUACUGCAAUAAGUUGAAGACUGAGCCGUCAUGUUCCCGAUCUGUAACGGCUAAGGAAAGGGGAUGUUUGUAUUUAUUCAGCGAGUCAGUCAUUCCCACCCGGUUCACGUAUCAUUUAUGGUGACAUCAUCUCCUUACUUGCCCAAACUUUGCUAGAUCUUUUCAACAGAAAGAAGGCAUGUUUUCACACUCAAGUCUGUGAUAUUUAAGAAAGAACACACAACAAACAAAAAAUAAUCGAGGAGGCUUUCAAAUUGCCUCUUGCAAAUCGAGAAUUGGUAAAAGAGAAAGAAACAAACAGCAUUGCCUUGCAGUUCAUUUUUAACUGGAUAGUCCCAUUAGAAGGAUUUGUUUUCAGUUUUAUGAAUGAGUUCUGAAUUUUUCUAAACUUUCUAAACUGAAUUUUUUUUCUGUCAUACCAGUGUUUUGCAGCUGUAUUUGACUAAUUCCAAUUAAGUUAGUCCUGGUUUUUGAGUUGUAACAUUUGCCUUCAUUUUUUACAAAUCUUGGAUACAUACACUAAUGUGAAAAAUUAAGCUGUGUGCUGUUACAUAAUAGGAGUUUCUACAUUAAUUUUGAAAAACAAUCCUUUAUAUCUUAUUAGGAACAGCUUAGAAAUAGAGGUCUUCUCAUUCUCUGAUUCUGUGAUACGGUAAAACAGUAACUAUGUGUGUUUGGAUAGGUGUGUUUGUACUUUGUCAAAGGUCAUUUCAGUUUCAUCACAAUCAUCGAAAGCCCUGUAAUGCAGAAUCUUUAUCCUGUACCUGUCUUUGACUGGUAUAUGUUUCUUCCACUUAAUAUGAUAUAAAUAAAGAGUCAAUUCAGUUGUUAAUAUGAGAUAAUGGUACUUACAUUAGAUUCUCUCCAAUUAGCAAAAAGCGGUAGUUCUUAAUUCUGUCUGUAUCACAAGGGUACACUUUCCUUCAAGUUUCAGAAGUGCUGUUACGAAGUUCUUGCUCUUGAGUCCAGAAGUCUGGCCCGUGUGCUCCAUAACCUGGCUGUUUUUAAAAUCCAAGACGACAGGUUUUAAUGUCACUUAACGGGUUUCACUUCCUUUCCUUCCCUGUGUCCAAGAGUGCCCCAGCCAUUGCUUGGGGUUUUAUUUAUCGGCUACGUGAGGGGUUAGGUGUGUACAGUAGCUACCAUGCAGUUUCCUGUUAUGUGUAAUAGGUGUGAUCAGCUGCGCCAGUGUUAUUACUGUCUUCAUCUCUUGAAAAUUGCACUAGAAAAGUUUUUAAAAACUUGUUUCGUGAGGGUUUUUUUGAGUUUAAAGUACCUAUUAGUUGGAUUGCAGCAAUAUUUUCAGGUCCGGGUUCAUACUAGGCCUUGUGUGGUAGGCAGCAUAUGUCUUCCUCAAAAACCAUGUACUCUAAAUAGGCAAGUAGCGUGUUCUGAAGCUGAGCAUGCCACUAGUGCCGUAUUCCUCCAAAAAUUCACAAAAAUAUCUGACUUCACAGACAGUUGACUUGUGAAGGACUGCAUUGUACUGGAUCACUGGAAAGCUGCGCGUGCCAAGUCUGCGUACCGGGGUGUCCCUAUGAAUAAUGACAGAAAUGACACCCCCCGAGUAAGUAGCUAGUGUAACUGUGAAUUGAAAUCACCUGUUCUAUCCAGUACUUUAAGCAUAAGGCCCAACCUUUCACAAUCUCUUCUAUUAUUUCAUAUUCAAAGUUGAUAAUUUGCUUUAUUUUGGUGAUUUUUAACUAUAGUAAUUGUCAUGACACUUACUGUAAUUAAAAGGUUUGGGAGUCAUUUAUGGCACGACUGCCUGACAUUUUGAAAAAAAAAUUGCAUUUUAUAGCGCUGUCUUCCGUUUGCAUUCAUUAGUCUGUCACUAUUUACAGCCUUUUUGACCUUGUGAUUAGUAUUGUUUGCUUGGUUUUCACAGAAUACCAUUAAUUUUUGGUUGCCAAUUGCAUAAAAAUUAAAGGUCUGAUUUUCAAAUGCAUGCUAACACCUGCACCUGCCCUUACUGUAUUUACAGUUGUUAACUUGGGUACACAUACAGGCUUGUAUGUAGCUUUUCACUUGUGCCUACGGACUUAAACUCCAUCCUUGGAAGAGGUCGUAAAACAAGGAAAAAGUUUUCUUCCCUCCCUCCCUCCCAUCCUUUUUACAUUGGGCUGCUGUUACUGUAGUUCAGUAAAUAAAUGUAUUGUGCAUUUAUGGGACAGGCUUGGUUCAACUGUGCUUAAAUUUGUUCAGUUAAUAAGCAUUUUUGGCAGGUGUACGAUUAUCAUUGUAACACUUCAAAAGAUCAUUCCUUGUUUUUUGUUCGACUGUUUUUUAUAGGUGUAUGCAUGGGUAUUUUCCUGUGUGUCAAAGGGGAAACAAAGGCUGAUCUUUUGAAGUCCAUCUUCUGUGGGAGCAGGGUUGUGAGUUAUUUUGGUCUGCUGUUGUAUUGCAUGUAAACAUGAGAGGGAGUUGUAUUGUGUGACAGGCCAACAGCAUGUUCUCUUCCGUGGCUAGAGUGUCUUGGUAAGCUUUGUGAACAGAAACUGAUUUUGUGCACAUGUUCACAUUAAAGGUGUUUCCUCUCCCCUGUCCAUACAUGUAACCACUCGUCCUGUCAUAACACAAUAAAUGAAAUGCAAACAA